AUGCUCUCCGCCAUUAACUCCAUGUUCAGGAUGACGGAUGAUACGGAUGAUAGCGGUGGGGUGAUCUUUGAGGGUCCUUUUGACCCUGAUGCCCAGGCCACUGUCACAGACUUCAUUGAUUACACAGAGUAUCUACCAUCCGACCUCAUUCGCUCGUUAACAUUGAUCCGUGGACUGGAUGAAACAUACUUGGCUGCUACGCAAAAAGUUCACGAACUUACGAAGAUCUAUGGCCAACUUCCAGAAUUACCCGUUGAGUCCCGACGCAAUCCGCAAGAAUUACGCGAGCAGAUCUCCAUUCAUUUAAACCGCGCGAUCAACGCACGCGAAGCCUCAUACGCAGAGGCGUGUCGAAUAUACGACGUUGUUGACCGUCAUCACGAUCGCUUAGGAAAUAUCAAAAGGAAGCUUGAAUUACUACCCAAGCCGGCAUCUCGCGACGCCACUCCUCCCCCGAAGCGCUCCAAAGGCGGUCGAAAGGUGGAGAAGGGUGCGACUCGCCUUACGCUACGCGUCGACGGCCAGGUACCCGACAAAAAUGGUUUGCCGAAAUCGAGAAGUCGACGAUCGGUGAUUGCGGGCCUUGAUCCAGAUUCACCUAUUGCCAGCACGGAGCAGUCUGACAACGAAACCCCCAAGGCUCGAUCACGCCGUGGUGGACAUGUGACUCUUCCCGAGCAGGAGACUUUGCAGCCAAAGAAGGACAAGAAGCGCGCCAAACCACGAGUAGGAGGAGUGGGUACGAACGUGCACAGCUCUGUUGCAGGAAUAUCGACAAGCAACGCCCUCGCGCUACUGAAACCGCCCCCUGAAGGAGCCAAACUCGGUAGUGAGGAUCUGCCCUGGCUCCGACUUACCGACUGGGAGAUGACCAAGCUACGGAAGAAAAUGAAAAAGAACGCGAUAUGGCAGCCAAGCGAAAUUAUGAUCAAUCGUGAACUUGCGACAGGCGGAAGAGGCUGGGAAGGGUAUCGGGCAGCGAAAGCGAAAGCUCAGGCCACUGGAGAAGAACUUAUCGAUUGUGAUGAUAUCGAAAACACUUAUGUACCGGGAAAGCUUAUCCGCAAGAGCGAGGCGACUGCUGAUAUGUCUGCAGCAGAAGAGAUAAAAACCAGCAACCGCGGUAUGAUUCUAAAUGAGGCCAAACGACUGAAGCGAGAGAAUAUGGCUCSGGAGCAAGAAGCUGCAUCUGCAGCUGCGGCUGCGGCUGCGGCAGAAGCAGAGCUGGCCGCCAAACGGAUAAGUGAUAUCGGUUCUACCUUUAAGCGUUUGUUCUCUACGCAAGGCGAAAACGAUCAUGUCGCUGGUACAGAUUCCGCAAAAGCCAAUGGCGCGCCUGUUACCCCUGCAAAGGGUAGGGCGAAGACUACUCGAAAGAGAAAGGCGGAAGAGGACCCCUCUGUGGAAGGAUCUGAUCAGCCUACAUCAGCAAAACCGCCGUCCAAAAAGCGCAACACUGGCAAAAUUCUCUCGACGGAAGCGACAAGCGUUGCGGCAGAUUUGUCUCAACCUGUGUUGGAUACUACCACCAAGGUUCUUAAACCUUCAUCAUCUAGCCCCCCGCCGACCAGGGCACGAUCGGCCGCUUCUACAACUCUUGAAAAUGGUCCAGAAACAAUUUCUAUGACUCUCAAGGUCGCAGCGACCCCAACACCUCCAACAACUCGGCCAUCAUCGAGACGGCGUUCGGCGGCAACUUCUAUCGAGCCAGGGAGCGCGAUGAACGCGGCACUGAUGGGAGUUUCACGUGAACACCUCCGGCGCAAGAGUGUCACUCCAGCUUCUAAGACGCCAGGACCUGAUUCAGGCACUACCGCAGUAGGCACAGGCGCUCGCCGGAAGAAGCGGCCCGCGCCGGGACCUGUUUCUUCGAGUCUAGAGGGCGGAGCCACUCUCAGCCACGGCAAACGCAAAUCUAAACCCAAAAGACGGGCACCAGGCAAGGAAACAAUCAAGGGCGAGGAUUACCGGAUUGAUGAGGACGGUGUUUUGGAGAAGAUUGACCCGAAUGAGCCACGAUACUGUCUCUGCAAGGAUGUCAGUUUUGGCAUGAUGAUUAAUUGCGAGAACCCUGAUUGCGAAGGUGAAUGGUUCCAUCUCGAAUGCAUUGGCCUGAAAGAGCCGCCCAGUCGACGCGCAAAAUGGUUCUGUCCCGAGUGUCGCGUGAAGCUGAAGAAAGCGCCAGAUGGUAUAGAGCGAGUGGGCGGUGGACGGCGAUAA